GUUAUGCCCUAACCGAAAAGAGGGAUGGAUGGCACGUAACAGGAGAUGCAUUGACGGCUGUCACCGCUGUGCUGCAGUAAAUCUCCCUGACAUGACAGUUCUUCCCCACCUUCUCACACGAGGAGCAAGAUUGCUGAGCAUCAAGCUUCUUGAGUAAAUGGACGGUUCCUGGGGCCCCACUCAAGAAGAAGCGGGGCUCAUAGCAAGGGUCUUCUGAACUAAGCAAAUUUAACAAAAAGUGUUGAGGACAACAUGUCACUGUGAAUCUGGUUGACAUGAAGGAGCUAGCGGUUGAGGCGCAAGGAAAUCUUUCUUGGGAGGGAGCGGAAAGACGAGCAUUCCAUGUAAGCAGUGAUGUCAUGACGUCAGCGUGACAGUCGCCAAUGCUGUAAUUUGGGAAACUGGAAGCCUUAGACAAAACAGGCAAACAUAAGGGGCAGUAAGGGGACCAGGGAAGGACCGGGGAAAAAGGUGGUGACAGGGAGGAGGAAAGGAGGAGGAGGAAGGGUAAAAUGGCCAGAGCGUUCCUGCUUCACGGUUGUGAAUCUGUUUGUUCUGUUCGGUCGCUUUCUCUUUCUGGUCGUUCCCAACAUGAACGAGAUACGAAUGUGGAAUCUUUGACGUCACUGUCAAUGUCAUCUUGCACAUGGCUUUCACGUGCCUCGUUGCUAAGAAAUGAGCUUUACGGUACAAGUUUGAAGCUUCAGAAGUCCAAUUCGCGUUCCUGCUCACGAAAUGGUCAGAAUUGCAAAGUGAAUGCAUCAGCUCAUCAUCCUACUCACGGUGGGCGUGAAGACAGGGCCGAACCUGUCGCUUCUCAGAAGGUCCGCAAUUUCGUCGUCUGUGCUGCAGGUGCAAUGGCUGUGGCUCUGUCAGUACCCCUCCAGCCCCCCCCAGCCUGGGCGGUCGCAGGAAGUUCAGUUGAAGUCGUGCGAGGACCGGUGUAUAGUGAAGUCGCAGGUCUAAUCGCUGGCCCUCCGGUAAAGGAUGCGCGCGCGCUUUUGCGUUAUGCUCUUCCCAUUAAUAACAAACCGAUCAAGGAGGUUCAGUCGGCACUGGAGUUGAUUACGGAGGACCUCAAACUUCCGGGGACAAAGGCUGUCGACAGUGCCGAGCGAUCUGUCAGAAAGGCAUCCAGGGCCUUGAGUCAGAACAAGGCAGCUAUCCUGGCAGAUGUGGCUGAUGGUAAGAAGGAUGAGGGUAAAGAACUGCUGGACAAACUAGAGGAUGGGCUGCAGAGCUUCACAACCAUCUUUGAGGACAAGGACAGAGAUGCCCUAGCCCCCAAACAAGCUGAGCUUUUGGAUUAUGUCACUCACAUUGAAGAGGAUAUGGUGGAGAAGUUUCCUUUUGAGAUUCCAGCUGAAUUCGCCGACAGACCAGUUCUGAAAGGAAGAGCAACUGUGGAGAUGAAGGUUAGGGUUAAAGACAACCCGAACUUAACGGCGCCUGUCGUCUUCAAGGUCGUUGUGGAUGGAUAUAAUGCCCCAGUAACUGCAGGGAACUUUGUGGACUUGGUUCAACGCCACUUCUAUGACGGAAUGGAGAUUCAAAGAGCGGAUGGAUUUGUCGUGCAGACGGGUGACCCGGACGGUCCAGACGGUCCAUUGGAAGGCUUUGUGGAUCCAGCAACGAAGCAGAUGCGCACCGUACCUUUAGAAAUCAGGGUUGUUGGUGACAAAGAGCCCAUCUAUGGUGCAACAUUGGAAGAGAUUGGCCGUUUCCGGGAAGGAACGGCCCUCCCAUUCAAUGCGUUUGGCACGAUGGCCUUGGCCCGUGAGGAGUUUAGCAACGACUCGGGCUCAAGUCAGGUUUUCUGGCUCCUCAAAGAGAGUGAAUUGACUCCAACAGGAGCAAACAUCCUUGACGGUCGCUAUGCAGUCUUUGGAUAUGUCACGGAGAAUGAGACGUUAUUGGCAGAUCUCAAGGUGGGUGAUGUCUUGGAGAGCGUUCGAGUAGUGCAAGGGCUAGAGAACCUGCAAACCCCUUCGAGUACUGCUGCUAGCCCAUCGAUCGUAUAACAAUCAGUAAUAAAGGCCAAGUAAAGCCAAGGGGCUAAGGAACCAUGGAUUGGGGCCUGUGGACCACGCCUGUGGACCAGAGCCCAGAGACAGACAAGUCUCUUGGGACUAGGCACUAGUGCCUGCCAAAUGAGCCCUACUAGGGAUCAGGGCCUACUGGACUAUGAUUGUGUGGCGGAGACAUCACACUAGCCAAGACAUAGCACCUGUGAGAGGAGCCCCACUGGACCCGGGGGACUCGUUCGAGUGUCAAAAGCAUAAGGGUGUGAUCCUGUGAGAGGAGACCCACUGGGCUCGUACUUCUUGCGACCUGAUGGUGCAGGAACUGCACCAGGUCCACAUAUGCACCACAGGUUCAUGCUAGUCUAGCACAAAAUUGUAGUUCAGUAGGGAUUGACGUUACGCUAAGCCAAGCAGCAUAAGUGAAAGGGUGGACUAUAAUUAAGUGAUCACGACCAAAUUUAUGCCGAAACGGUGUGAACUAAGGCAUGAAUCGCAUGGAUGGGGAGGGGCUGCAUGUUCCUCCCUACGUUGGCUGACCACACUUCAGUGGUCGCAACUCGGAAGUGGACAGAGGCCUGAGAGGGGCUAGAUAAGUCAAUGGCAAUGGCUGUCGUCGAAAAAAGCGAGGGGCUGUCGUAAAAAAAAAGCUACAGUAGGGGCUGUCGUUGAAAAAUCUACGGCAGAUAUGUGCUACCAGAAGGCAGAAUUGCAAUCUGCAAAAUGGAAGAGCUUGUAAGAGUGUGAUUCUGAAUGUAUUGAAUUUGUAUUGAUUGAUGUCAGCGCACUCACGGCAUUGCCGUGAUUGCAUCGUUUUUUUAAAUCUCCCAAAGCUCUCUGUGUUUCGCUUGUGUCUUUUCUGUGAAUCCUGAAACUGCUUUGGUCAAAUUUUCUAGAUCCUCAAGUCGAACAACUCUCAGUCUGGAGACGGCGUCACCCAUCUUGCUGGCAGGUCCUCAUCCACUAGCUAAGUGUUUUUUUUUAUUAUUAUUAUUUUUUUUCCCUAAUUGGACCAUUUCUCAAUUUAUGCCUGUCAUCCUUAAUUGCGCAGGGGCCAUUUGCUAAUUACCCUUCUCUGUAUCGUUCCAAUUUUAACGG